CGCACCCCGCUGGGGGCGGCCACCCGCCCCGAGCCCGCCGAGGCUCUUCCGCGCCGGCAGGGGCAGCAGCGGGAGCGGCGCGGGGCGGGGUGGCGCGAGCGGCCCGGAGCGGCCCGGCCCGGCCCGGCGCGGCGGCGGCGGCGGCGGCAGCGGCGGCGGCAGGAGCAGCGACGCCAGAGGCAGCGGGCGACAUUGUCGAGGCCGCGGCGGGGACCCGGACGCAGCGCGGGGAGGCCUGGGGUCUGGAGGCCGCCGCUGCCGCCAUGCCGCUGCUCUUCCUCGAGCGCUUCCCCUGGCCCAGCCUCCGCACCUACACGGCCCUCAGCGGCCUGGCCCUGCUGGGCACCAUCGUCAGCGCCUACCGCGCUCUCAGCCAGCCCGGGGCCGGGCCCGCCGAGCCCGAGCCGCUAACGGACCUGGUGCAGCCCGCGGCCCGCGACGUGGCCCAGUACCUGCUCUCCGACAGCCUGUUCGUGUGGGUACUGGUAAAUACUGCUUGCUGUGUUUUGAUGUUGGUGGCAAAACUAAUCCAGUGUAUUGUGUUUGGCCCUCUUCGAGUGAGUGAAAGACAGCACCUCAAAGACAAAUUUUGGAAUUUUAUUUUCUACAAGUUCAUUUUCAUUUUUGGUGUGCUGAAUGUCCAGACAGUGGAAGAAGUGGUCAUGUGGUGCCUUUGGUUUGCAGGACUUGUAUUUUUGCAUCUGAUGGUUCAACUCUGCAAGGACCGAUUUGAAUAUCUUUCCUUUUCUCCCACCACACCAAUGAGUAGCCACGGUCGAGUUCUGUUGCUGUUGAUAGCCAUGCUGCUUUCUUGCUGUGGAUUAGCCGUUGUCUGUUGUGUCACAGGCUAUACCCACGGAAUGCACACAUUGGCUUUCAUGGCUGCAGAGUCUCUUCUUGUGACAGUGAGGACUGCUCAUGUGAUUUUACGAUAUGUAAUUCACCUCUGGGACCUCAACCACGAAGGAACAUGGGAAGGAAAAGGAACGUAUGUCUAUUACACAGAUUUUGUUAUGGAACUCACUCUCUUGUCCUUGGACCUCAUGCACCAUAUUCAUAUGUUGUUAUUUGGUAACAUCUGGCUCUCCAUGGCAAGUUUGGUCAUCUUUAUGCAGCUGCGUUACCUGUUUCAUGAGGUACAGCGUCGAAUCCGUCGGCACAAGAACUAUUUGCGUGUGGUUGGGAACAUGGAAGCCAGGUUUGCAGUUGCCACUCCAGAGGAGCUAGCUGUCAAUAAUGAUGAUUGUGCAAUUUGCUGGGACUCCAUGCAGGCAGCCAGAAAGCUGCCCUGUGGACAUCUCUUCCACAACUCCUGUCUUCGUUCCUGGCUAGAACAAGACACCUCCUGCCCAACAUGCAGAAUGUCUCUUAACAUUGCUGACAAUAACCGUGUCAGGGAAGACCAUCAAGGAGAGAACUUGGAUGAGAAUCUGGUUCCUGUAGCAGCAGCUGAAGGCAGACCUCGCUUAAAUCAACACAAUCACUUCUUUCACUUUGAUGGGUCCCGGAUUGCAAGUUGGCUACCCAGUUUUUCAGUGGAAGUGAUGCACACCACCAACAUUCUUGGUAUUACACAGGCAAGCAACUCUCAGCUUAAUGCAAUGGCUCAUCAGAUUCAAGAAAUGUUUCCCCAGGUUCCUUAUCACCUGGUGCUACAGGACCUCCAGCUGACACGCUCAGUUGAAAUAACAACAGACAACAUUUUAGAAGGACGGAUUCAAGUACCUUUCCCCACACAGCGGUCAGAUAGCAUUAGACCUGCAUUGAACAGUCCCUUGGAAAGGCCAGUUGGUGACCUGGAGGAAGGAGAAACUUCUGCUCAGACUGAGCGGGUGCCACUGGACCUCAGCCCUCAGUUGGAGGAGGCACUGGACUUCAGCGAGGUGGAUAUGGAGCCCAGCGAGGGGGAAGACUUUGAGGCGAGGGGGAGCCGCUUCUCCAAGUCUGCUGACGAGAGACAGCGCAUGCUAGUCCAGAGGAAGGACGACCUCCUGCAGCAAGCUCGGAAGCGUUUCUUGAACAAAAGUUCUGAAGAUGAGUCAGCUUCAGAGAGCUACCUCCCCUCAGAAGGCUCAACCUCUGACCCCAUGAUGCUGCGAAGAAGGAUGCUGGCUGCCGCCGCGGAGCGGAGACUUCAGAAGCAGCAGACCUCCUAGCGCUUCCUCGCCCUCCUCAGCUGCCCCCUCCUGAGCAGUGUGCCCACCGACGAGGCCUGUCCCAGUUCUGCCUGCUGUCUGAAGAAGUGGGCUCAACUGCAUUGCCGCUGUAUAAAGCAUGUGGUCUUAAUAGUGUUUGGACAGCUGACAAAUUUAAUCCCUUUUCGUAAUACUUUUCUUAUGUGACAGUUCUCUUCCCUUAGAAACACUGCACAUUUUAACUCUAGGCAUGAACUCUUCUGGCAUUGACUGGACUCCUUAGUGGGUGUGUGGGGGAGAUCUAGAGGAGGUAGACAACCAGAGACCCUGAAGCAGGUGGCUCUAGUUACUGCUUUAUACACAAGUCACAACGCACACUAGAGCCUUUAGCUCCAAAUCUGGCUGAAAGUGUGUGUGCACAAAUGGGGGCAGUGCCGAAGUGUACGGCAGGAGCCUGACCACGCCAGUGGAUAAACUUGUCAGACUGCUAUUCUUAGUGCGGAAGCAUUUAGAAUAUUACAGAGGUUGGCCCACAGGCACCUGGAUCCCUGCACUGAUGGGGCAUCCUGGAAAAAGAACUAGUUUGCUUCCUGGAGCACAGGAGGGAAAAGGGCUGGAGAGUGUGAGGGGUUGACCUGUUGUUGUGCUAGUGUAUCUAGGACUUUUUCUGAGCCUGCAAUCCAAAGCUAGCUUUAUUUCCGUUAACGCUGGUGCUCCUGCAUCUCAAAAGUAUACCCUGUGUGUCUGUCCUCUCCUCUCCUCAAACUUCCGGACAUGGAGAAGGCCAGCGCAGAAAGGGUUAAGCAAGCUUUGGUUUGUGGUUUUUUAAUUCCUUGGUCAAGCAAAUUAGGUAACCCAAAGGUUACAGCUCUGGUCCUAGGGGAACAUGUGGGCCUUACAUGAUGGGAGUAUACAUGAAAGGUGUUUUUUUGUAUCUUUUUUUCCUCUGGAGCCUGUCAUUUUCAUACCUUUGUUCUUGGUUUCGUUAAACGUGGAGAGGUAAGCUGUUGAACCCACUUUCCUCGGAGCAGACCUAGGUCCUGAACCUUUUUAAAUUCCUCACACAUUUAACUUUAAGGAUUUGAAACACUCGAUCAUAGAUUACAUAGUUCAGUUUUAUGUCCUAUCAAGUUAAGCUCUUUUUUUUUUUUAAUGUUUGAAAGCAUAGUUUUAUAGUUGUCUUUUUGGGAAGAAUCCAGUAUUACUUAAAAUGAUUGGCGAAGUUAAAUGUAUUUUACAUAACUUGAGUUCUUAGAACGUUGAAAUGUAAUUGAUAAGAAGAGUGGUGAAUAAAUGUUUGGGCUGAGAUGAUUUCAAUAAAUCUUUGAAAGCCUUACUUUGAAAUGCUGUUAAUAAAUUUCUGUGAUUUUUUUAAAAUUUGUUUUGCUGAGAGCAUAGCUAUUUGUUUUUAUUGUAAAACAACAACAAUAAUAAAGCAGACUCUUCUAGUGUGUAGUGUG